GUUAGACGAGUCUCAAAUGCUUCCAGCAUUUUUCAGGGUAAAUCCCUCAACUCGAGUUUGCUCAAAGGGCCCGAUCUUUUGUGCAACUUAACAGGUCUCAUAAUUCGCUUUCGACAAAAUAAAAUAGCAAUAUCUGCUGACAUAGAUGCUAUGUUUAUGCAAGUGCUAGUCAGCCCAAAGGAUAGACCUUUUCUAAGAUACCUUUGGAAAGAAAAUGGUAAAUUAGAAACUCACGAAUAUACACGACACAUUUUCGGUGCCACAGACUCACCAUGCGUGGCUUGCUACGCAGUACGACGAUGUGCAUCAGACAGUAAAAACGACUUUCCUCUGGCUUCUGAAAUCAUUCAACGGAAUAUCUACAUGGAUGAUUUGUAUGUCACUUCGUCAACGGUAGAAGAAGCCCUCCAACAAAUGACACAACUACGAGGAUCUUUAUCUCGAGUCAGCCCUAAUGAUCCAACGCCUAAACAUCAACGAGUUCUCGGUGUUCACUGGAAUACCAACACUGACUGCUACUUCAUCGAUAACAAAAAGUUUGUAAAAAUUCUACGUAUUGGCAUUGCUACGCUACGGAAACUCCUGAAGUAUACCGCUUCUUUAUUUGACCCACUCGGAAUAGUGGCUCCAUUGACAAUUCGGAUUCGAAAAGUUCUCCAAUCUGUUUGGUCACAAGGUGUUAAGUGGGAUACUCCAUUAGACACGGAUAAACUUCCCGAUUUCAAACUUUGGGUAGACGAAAUGGAAAAUUUCGAAACUGUUUCAUUCCAAAGGAACUUCUUUGAUAAAGAAAACCCUGCUUCAAUCCAGCUUCACACGUUUUGUGAUGCAUCAGAAUUCGCUCUCGCUGCUGUUUGCUACCUAAGAAUAGUCUACAGCGACGGCUCCACAUCUUUGAAGUUUAUAAUAGGAAAGACAAGAGUCGCUCCUAUGAAACGUGUUACAAUUCCCAAUCUCGAGUUGCAAGCUGCAGUAUAUGCUGCCCAACUAUCGCUCUUUGUUUCAGAGGAAAUUGACCUCAAAGUUGAAAAAACUUAUUUCUGGUCUGACAGUACUACUGUUUUGUAUUGGCUGCGAACACCUGAAAUACGACACAAAAUUUUCGUCGCUAAUCGGCUUCAGAAAAUUUUAGACGUUUCUAAACCUGAACAGUGGUUUCACGUUCCAACUCUGCUAAAUCCUGCUGACGACGGUACCAGAGGAUACAUUGCUUUAGAAAUGACCUCAAGCUGUCGGUGGCUACUAGGACCGGAAUUUCUGUUGAACGAUUCUUCUCAAUGGCCUUCACAGGAAAACAUUCGGCUUGAGAACAUUCCUGUAUUCGUUACUUCAUUAGAGUCUAAAUUUGAGCCUAUAUUUGACAUCAAACGCUUCAGCAACUGGAAAAGACUAAUACGGACAGUUGCAUACUGCUUCUUAUUCGCAGAAAAUCUCAAACGGAAGAUCAACAAACAGUCGAAGGUCGAUCUUCAACUCUUGCAUCUAACGAAAUCGCACUUUCUCAUAAUUAAAACUGCCCAAAGGACAGAUUUUGUCUCUGAAAUUUCAGACAUCAAAAAAGAAAAACCAAUUGAAGGCAAAAGUAGACUUCGAACAUUAGCACCGUUUGUGGACAACUUCGGUAUCCUGCGUUCUCGUGGACGUCUCACGCGUGCCCCUAUCAUGCUAUCAGCUAGAUAUCCAAUCAUUCUCGCUGGUGAAAACCCCAAUGUUCGCCUGCUGUUAGCUAACAUCCAUGUUCUACAUUCCCACUGCGGAAAGGAACAAGCAAUUGCCAUAGCACAGGAAAACUACUGGAUUCUUCGCUGCCGCGUCGUGCUGAAAAGUAUCAUACACAGUUGUAUACCCUGCAGAAGAAUGCAACAACAAGUCGACUACCCUCAGAUGUCAGAUCUUCCAAUUGAUCGACUGCCAUCAAAAAAUCAUUUUCCUUUUGCAACGACUGGAUUGGACUACGUUGGACCUUUUCCCAUCAUCCUUCAAGGAAAACAAUACCAAGCGUAUAUUUUACUGUUCACAUGCUUAGUGAUCAGAGCUGUGCAUCUUGAAAUCUCAUUAGGACUAUCGACAGACAGCACUCUUCUUUGUAUCAGACGCUUUUUUGCCCGGCGAGGAAAACCAUCGAAAAUGGUUUCUGAUUGUGGGACAAGUUUUGUGGGCUCCAAUUCUGAGCUGAAGAAAUGUCUAGACAACUUGGAAAAGAACAAAGAAUUUGUGGAAAGCAUCAAUCAGCUGGACGUAUCACUCGAAUGGAAAUUCAACCCUCCUGCGGCCCCUCAUUUUGGUGGUUCUUGGGAACGACUAGUUCAGAUAUUUAAACUUUCCCUGUACAAAGUCAUCGGAUCAAGAACACUCUCCUAUGAAACACUGGCUACUUUCACGACCGAAAUUGAAUCAACCAUGAAUUCACGACCUUUAACCAAUGUGUCUGACGACAUCAAAGAUGAUCUGCCUCUCACUCCCAACCAUUUCCUUCUUGGUCGUGGAACUCCAAAUUUACCGCCUGGUAUCUUCAAGGACAAGGAUUUAUCUCUGUCAAAAUCAUGGAAAGCAUCCCAACUACUCGCAGAUCACUUCUGGAAUCGCUUUCUUCGAGAGUACUUACCAGGUCAGCAGAAACGAUCAAAGUGGACUUCUGCGACUUCCAAUUUGCAACCCGACGACAUGGUCUGGAUGUUGGAGGAUUUUACACCUCGUGGACUGUGGCCUCUUGCUAAAGUGGUGGAAACCUUUCCUGGACAAGAUGGAAUAGUCCGCUCAGUGAAGCUGAAAACGCCAACUGGAUUCAAAGUUCGACCUGUGGUCAAAUUGAGCCGCGUUUUCCCAGUUUCGCAGUAACCAAGCUCCAAAUAGCUAACCAACCAAAUAAUCACGCAACUCAGCCUUCAACAUAUCAACUCGACAAAGAUGAACAAAUCUACGACUCGUCAAUUCAACUAAGACAAUCAGCUCAACGAUAGACAAACCAAGAUGAAGAUGAAAAAGAACAAUUUCUGGUUCCCUUAUCUACUGGUUCCCUUAUCUUUGUAUUUUACCGUAUCCUUACUAUUUUAUUCAAUACUUUAUUUGCAAGCUCUGCAAAUGUGGGCGGGUGUUAAUUGUAAACAAUUAAGGUCACCUUUCUCUCAACUUGACUUUUGACAUUACAGCCAAGCUGACUGACUCGUUUCUCUCAACUUUUCAAAAACAGCAUGACUUACAAGGAAAUGACAAACUUUCAGGUAAAAUAAUGUUUCAAUUUAUACGAAAACUCGGGAUUAAUAUCAACUUUUCUGAAUAACCCCCUUAUUAACAGUUCCCCUUUUCUAACGUUCGCCUUUUAGUAUUCCCCGUACCAUGUAAUAUAAUAUCCCUAUUUAUGAUAUUAUAUUUACCUUAGUUUUAUCCCUGAUUUACUAUUGUAUUAUUUUUCAUGUACUUACUCAACUGAUGCCCAACUGCAUGGAACUCCUUUGACUCAACCCUUAAAACUACCCUUACUAACAAUUGGUGUACUACUC